ACUCCUUUGCAGGUACUGCCUGACCCAGAGUGCUGAGCAGGGUGAAAGCUUCUUCUUCAGUGGAUAUUUUAUGUGUAGUUUCGUUGUGAUUAAAGGAACACUAUAGUCACCUAAAUCACUUUAGCUAAAUAAAGCAGUUUUAGUGUAUAGAUCAUUCCCCUGCAAUUUCACUGCUCAAUUCACUGUCAUUUAGGAGUUAAAUCACCUUUUUUCUGUUUAUGCAGCCCUAGCCACACCUCCCCUGGCUAUGAUUGACAGAGCCUGCAUGAAAAAAAAAACUGGUUUCACUUUCAAACAGAUGUAAUUUACCUUAAAUAAUUGUAUCUCAAUCUCUAAAUUGAACUUUAAUCACAUACAGUAGGCUCUUGCAGGGUCUAGCAAGCUAUUAACAUAGCAGGGGAUAAGAAAAUCUUAAUUAAACAGAACUUGCAAUAAAGAAAGCCUAAAUAUGGCUCUCUUUACAGGAAGUGUUUAUGGAAGGCUGUGCAAGUCACAUGCAGGGAGGUGUGACUAGGGUUCAUAAACAAAGGGAUUUAACUCCUAAAUGGCAGAGGAUUGAGCAGUGAUGCUGCAGGGGCAUGUUCUAUAUACCAAAACUGCUUCAUUAAGCUAAAGUUGUUCAGGUGACUAUAGUGUCCCUUUAACCAGAAGGGAUCUCAGUGAUGUCCACCUGUAUGUCACUCCAGCCGAUGUCUGUGGAAAAGGUUGCAGUGGGUAGAUGUUCAGCAUGGGCUUCACUCUCCUCCAUGGCCGCCAUCUGGGAUUGGGCCUGUUGCUGAAGCAGGAUCCCAAUAUCCCUCGAAUCUUGAGGUGUGCCCGGCGGUGGUUUCUGGGAUCUCCUCCCCAUGUUUGUGUGCAGGUCUACUGCUUUGGGACCGGUGGUUAGGUCUUGAUCCGGUGCACUCAGAGGUGAGACAUGCCUCAGGAGAUUGUACAGGCUUAGGUGAGAGCGAGGUUGGUAGGCCACAGGCCUCCUCUUCUGCCUUUUCUGCCCGGAAUGCUGAAAGAAUGGCAUGUAUUGGCACCGUAUUCUGUCUGGAGGUGAGUGCUAAAGGAUAUGCUGCUGAAUGAGCAACUGUUCACUGGAUUUUAGGCAGAUUAAGCAGCAAGUCUCCAGAGCUGGGGAAAUGGUGUCUGCUCAUUUCUGCAGUUAAGCUCCCCCCUUACCCCCCCAUUGGUUCUCUGUUUUGACUUUUGCGGGAUCCAUAGGCCUCACGACCACAUGGCACAACCUGAAUAGAAGUUAAGUAGCACUGGCCAUGGGGCCACUAAAUAUCAUUGUGGGAAGGGGGAGGCACAGAAAGGCUGGGAGGUGGUAAGUAACUGUAGUCAGGGCCGGCCUUAGGCAAUUAGGCGCCCUGUGCAAAAAGUCUUCACGGCGCCCCCCCCCCACCUCCCACCAAGUUGCCUGAAUACAGUAACACACACAGGCACCGGGGACGUGUGUAUCACGAGGCAAACAAGGCAUCUGCCUUGGGCGCCACUUUGCAGGGGGCGGCAAAAAAAAGCAUCCCUCCAAACCCCCAGGCAGAUCCCUUGCUUGCCUCGCAUCCUGGGGGGCUCAAGAGCUGACCGGCUGGCCACUUUUGAGCCCCCCCAAGGCUGGCAGCGGGCAGCGAAGGAGCAUACUCACCUGAGCUCUUCCUGCUCAGCUUCCUCUGCGCCGCUUAAUGAAGCCGGGAGCCAGAAUAUGACGUCAGUCCGGCUCCCGGCAUCACUAAGCGCUGCUUACUCAGCCUGUGCGCCCCCUGCCUGCCUGCCCAGCAGCCACACUGGACUGCUGGUAAGAAAUCCACUCCAGCUUUCCCAGGGAGGCUGGGUGGAUUUAAAAUAAAUGUAAAAAAUAUUAGUUUGUGAGUGUUAGUGGAAAUGUCUGUGUGUGUGUCUGUGAGUGUUUAUUUUGAAGUGAAUGUGUGUGUGUGUGUGUGUGUGUGUGUCUGUAAGUGUAAUUGUGUGUGUCUGUAAGUGAAUGUGUGUGUGUCUGUGAGUGAAUGUGUGUGUUGGUCAGUGAGUGUAUAUGUGUCAGUCAGUGAGUGUAUAUGUGUCAGUCAGUGAGUGUGUAUGUGUCAGUCAGUGAGUGUGUAUGUGUCAGUCAGUGAGUGUGUAUGUGUCGUCAGUGAGUGUGUAUGUGUCAGUCAGUGAGUGUGUAUGUGUCGUCAGUGAGUGUGUAUGUGUCAGUGUGUAUGUGUCGUCAGUGAGUGUGUAUGUGUCGGUCAGUGAGUGUGUGUCGGUCAGUGAGUGUGUGUCAGUCAGUCAGUGUAUGUGUCGGUCAGUGGAGUCGUGCAUCUUUCAGUGAGUGCUUGCGUCUGUCAGUGAGAGUGUGCAUCUGUCAGUGUGUGUCCAAGUAAUAGUGUAUGUGUGUAUGUCAUUGUUUGUCAGUGUAUAUGAGAGUGUGUGUCUGUCAGUGAGUGUGCGUCUGUCAGUGAGUGAGCGUCUGUCAGUCAAAGUGCGGCCUUGACAGGAAGGGGUGGGGAAAUUUAAACUCGGUUACAGGCAUGUACACACACACUCAGUUAAAGGCAGUCACACAUACAGGCACAGGCACAAACAAUGGCACAGCACAGCGACACACACAGACAGACAGUCACAUAGGCAGUCACACACACAGACAGACACACAGUAACACACACAUAGACAGUUAUACACACACAGGCAGGCAGUCACACAGAUAGAAAGUCACACACACAGGCAGGCAGUCACACACAGACAGAUAGUUACAGACAGACACACACAGGCAGGCAGUCACAUACAGGCAGUCACACACACAGGCAGUCACACACACAGAAAGACAGUCACACACACAGACAGUCAGUCACACACAGAGACAGUCACACACAGAGACAGUCACACACACACACAGAGACAGACAGUCACACAGACAGUCACACACACACACACACACAGACAGUCACACGCACACAGGCAGGCAGUCACACAGACAGACAGUCACACACACACACAGACAGACAGUCACACAAACAGGCAAACAGUCACACACACACACUUACCUCUUUCCAGUGGAUGCAGUUGGCUGAUGGGGAAGCAUCUUUCCCUCUUCCUGUACAGCAGGGGCUUCGGGAGGUAUUAGCCCCGUCUCCGCCUCUCGAUAAGCCCCGCCUCCGCCGCUCGGUAAACCCCGCCCCCUCUGCCGCGAUUUUUUUUUUUUUAAAUAGACCCGGGUGGAGAAUAAUUAAUCCUCCAGCCAGGUACCUCUUUUAGCUCCCCUGCACUCCGGCCAUGAGUGAGCUGUGUCGGCCACAGGGCGCCCCCUGUUCCAUGGCGCCCUGUGCGGUCGCACAGCUCGCACACCCCUAAGGCCGGCCCUGACUGUAGUGACAGAGCUGCUUUAAGACAGUUUAACGUGUGAAAGUUCAUCAUUUAAACUCUAUAAGAUAUAUUCUAAACCUGUAUAUCUGACAGGUGUUGCAAUAAAUAAUGUCCAUACAUAUAAUGCCAGUCAUCCCGGUUAAUUACGCUCUGGUUUUCCAGCUACCUCCUGACUGACGUUCCGCUCUUUUUAGAGAAGUGAAUAUUUUGGUCUGGUUGGGUGCUGGUAACCUAAAUAAAUAUUUGAGAACACACAUUGAGAUCUGGUGGAUAAUGAGGUGAUAACGCUAGUAUAGCUAGCAUAGGCAUAUAGCAUUUAAUAUUGUUGGAUAUGAUUCUCAAAUAUUUUAGUAUUUUUGGCUAAACUUUAAAUUCAUUUAAUAUUAUGAAAAUAUUUUUAUCUUGUAAUAUUUAGAUUUUUUUCAGUAUAUUGAUAUAUUUUUUAUAUGAAAUAAAUUUUGUAUAUUUAAAAAUUUUGUUUUUAAAAUGUUUAUCAAAUAAAUAUUACAUCAUUUAAAAAAAAUAUCCAAAAACAUUAAAAACUGAUUUUGUACACAUUGAUUCAAGCUGCUUCAACAAUUGCAAAUAUUUCCACCAGCACUCUUGUGGUGGUCUUGUUCUUUCUUGUGUUGUGAAUUAACCAGCAUUCUCUUGACGUCGUCUUGAUUGAUGGCUUAUUUUCCGUUUUUUAAACUCUUGUAACAUGCUUUAUAACUGGUGCAGAAAAGAGGAAAUAGAAGUGGUUAAAAUAAGUGCCAACAAUCUUCGUAGCAUACAGAGGUUCACUGCAAGUAGGCAGUAACUCAACACUAAAAAUAUAAUUCAAACAUUUUAAACCAUUUACAACAUUGUCCACAUUACAUAUUGACAUUUUAUACGAUUCCCUGACUGAUAGAUUUUUUUUAGUAGACGAGUUACAUAUAGUCUAUAUACCUGGUUUUAAAUUUAGCUGCUGUGAUAUAUUAUGCCGUUCCUGUUAUAAUCUUUAGCAAAACACACUUACUACAAUUCAAUUAGCCUUUUACUAAGGUUAAAUUGCACCAGACCUUAAAGGGACAUUAUCAUAAACCAUUGUUUGCUUGUUUAAUGGAGUCGUUUAUACAUUUUGAUUUCUUUAUAUUAUAUUGCACAACUUUGCUUCUCUGCCAAAUAAUCUUUUUUUUUUUUUUUUACUUUUUUUUAUUGUUUUGUAUAUUAUUACUCUUGUAUUAUAACCCUCUUAAAAGGGAGGCUAACUAAAAGGUAUGGUGUGGUUGUGUUUGUUUUUCUUCAUAUUUAUUUAUUUAUUUCUAAAUAUUGCUCUUUUUGUUUUCCUGUAAUACUGUACAUGCAUCAUGUGAACACAUGUUCCUGGCAUGACUGACAUAAAGCACUGACAAUCAUGCAAGUGCAUUGCAUUAUGGGAAGCCAUCGACACAAGCACCAUUAACUGUUGCUAGAUGUAAAGGAUAAAACAGAAUGAUCAACAUCUAUUGUGACAAUUCGUCUUUAAGACCAUUCUUGUUUUGCACUAUUUUAUUGGUUAAAUCUAUUUAGUUGAACUUUAAUGUGCCAUAAUUAAUCACAAUAGGUAUGGGUAUAUGUCAACUUUGCCAUUUGAAGAUUUUUUUUUAACUUUGUUAACAGAAGCUAAUUUGUUAUCCUUCUAGGUGUCUAAAGGAUCGUCUGUUAAGUUUGACGAAGAGCAUGUCUUCUUAUCAGCACAAACAGAUGAACGAGACCUACCCACGGGGAAUGAGCUUCUGCUGCAGUGGGCUCAGAAGAACUAUGAAGCUGUAACAUCUUUCACAGAAGUCAAAUUUUCCAAAAAUAUUUACAUCAAACUUGGUGAAGGUAUGAAACUUUUUGAAUGUGCAUUCAGGGGAAGUAGCUGAGAGAUGUCAGUAAUUUUCAGAAUGUAUAUAUUUGGGGGCUUGACCAAUAUUUUGACGUAUAAGCCUCAAAGCUGUAGUAGAGUAUCAUGAAAGUGCUCUUGGGUAAUAGAAACAUAGAAACAUAGAAUGUGACGGCAGAUAAGAACCAUUCGGCCCAUCUAGUCUGCCCAAUUUUCUAAAUACUUUCAUUAGUCCCUAGUCUUAUCUUAUAGUUAGGAUAGCCUUAUGCCUAUCCCACGCAUGCUUAAACUCCUUUACUGUGUUAACCUCUACCACUUCAGCUGGAAGGCUAUUCCAUGCAUCCACUACCCUCUCAGUAAAGUAAUACUUCCUGAUAUUAUUUUUAAACCUUUGUCCCUCUAAUUUAAGACUAUGUCCUCUUGUUGUGGUAGUUUUUCUUCUUUUAAAUAUAGUCUCCUCCUUUACUGUGUUGAUUCCCUUUAUAUAUUUAAAUGUUUCUAUCAUAUCCCCCCUGUCUCGUCUUUCCUCCAAGCUAUACAUGUUAAGAUCCAUAAAUUUAGUAUUGUGUUAGGUUCCUCUGAGUGGUUCUUUGGUGCUUUUGCUUUUCUGGUCUGUAACUGUAGCUAUGGCCAACGUCGGCAUGGGCUCUAAGGCGGAUUUAGAUAGGAUAUUAAUUCUGACUGUCAUGGUGUGGGGGUAACCCAUUAUGUAGUAUUUGAACCAACACCUAACUUGUAAAAUACACAUGCAGGAUAAGAGGCAUAUUACCGGUCCUUAGGGUGGCUCGGCUUAAAAUGUUGGUUAAAAUUACAGAUUAGUAGAUACCUAUGCUAGUAUUAUCUAAAUUGACUUCUACAAGGAUAUUUUUAUGAUUUCAUACUUGCCUUCAAAGUAGCGGAACUCCACUAGUUACUGCCAUGUCUGCACACAUUAUGUGGGACAUGGUGUUUAGCUUUUACAAUGGACAUGUCAGUUUGGUUACUACUUGCAUGCUUUUACUAAUACAUAUGUUGCCCACUAGCUAUUACAUGAACACUCCAGACACUUGGGAACCACUAGAAAAUUAUGCUUGAAAUAUGUUAAACCAAAUGCACAGUUUUUUAAAUUCUGUUUGAAUUGUUGCUUUUUUCCCCUCCAGAUUCCACUUUUCCUUCAACGUGUAAAAUAGGAAAGAGCUUUCUGUCUUUAAAUUACCUUGCAAGUUAUGUCCAGACCCAGCCAGCUCAGGGCUGCAUGCCAUCAAUGACUACGGAGAAAAUAGCAGUACAUAUCAUAGAGUUGGACUCCCCGAGCUCCACACCAUACAGGUAACAUCUUGAACCUGCAGGGCAGCUUAUUCCCUUAGCUGAUUCUUUUGCAAUAUAUUCUAUUGUUUACACCUCUAUAUUUACAUGGCAGUUAUAUUAAAGAAGGUAAACCAUACAAAUAACUUAAUAUGGAAGAAUGCCAAAUUUGUUUCCUUUUUGUUUUCAAAGUACUGCAUUUUUUACUAGAUAAUGUUCUUAAGUCUGUCAAUCACUUAUAUGAGCAAAAAUUAUUAUUAUUAUUAUGAUAUUUAUAUAGCGCCAUCAAAUUCCGCAGCGCUUUACAAUGGGUGGACGAACAGGCAUGUAGUUGUAACCAGACAAGUUGGACACACAGGAACAGAGGGGUUGAGGGCCCUGCUCAAUGAGCUUACAUGCUAGAGGGAGUGGGGCAAAAUGACACAAAAUGGUACCCUGCAGAACUACAAUUAACAUAUGGAAGUAGGAUAUUACCGGAGGAGACACAGGAUGGGGGAGAAAUGAGGGUCUGUCAGAGUGCUCUGAUUUAUUGGUUUACUUGCUAAUCAAUCAGAGCGCUUUGGUCAUAUUGUACAUUGUGUGAAAUUUUCCCACCCCUUGCAAUAUCUGGCAUGUUUAUAAACGUCUAUAAAAGAUGGAUUCUUUUAUGCUUUAUUUUUGCAAUGGGGUUUUGUAUUUUUGUUUCUAUUUGCAAUAAGGCCUUUUUCAUUUUAAUUUGUGACAUGGUAAUUAUUGAUUUUUAUUUGGCCUUUUUUGCAGCUGAAGAAAAGAAUUAGAAUACAGUAGACUCCUGGUGGUGUAUUACACCUCCUUCUCACUAUUAUCAGUGUGAGUGGGAGUAGGUAGGGACUUUAUUUUGGGGGGUUGCUACGAGAUUGAGGACCCACUAGCCACGUGGGGAGGGGAGAUUUUUUAGUGAGGAGUCGUUCAUGGCAUGUCAAACCCCCCUACUUUAGAAUUAAUUAGGGCAAUCACCCGCCAGAAUGUGUGGGGGGCACUUGGACCCCGUUAAAAUUUUAAGAAUUCCCUGACCUGAUGCCCACAACUGGGGGGUAAGGGGAAACUCUGUCUCUCCCCCCUGGUUUUUCACAGUCCCCAUCCCGAUGGGAUGCCACCUUUUCAAGCCAUUCAUUUUACAGAAUCUGUUGGAAGGACCAAAUCUUAACUGUAUUUGGCUUCAGUAAAUAUGAGAAUUACCAGCGCGGUCCGGUCGUUUUCACCUGAUUUUGUUCAUUCGAGCAAAAUCUGGUGUUUAGUGAAUAACCCUGUUAAAGAUGAUAAUUUUAAUCGAGAUUUGUCCAAAAUUGGCUCACCACAUACUGUUAGAUUGCAUUUUCCAUAAUUAUUUGCCAAUGGUACUUGGAUUGAAUCCCAAGGCAGCUAAAUAGUUAGUAUGUGGCAGGAAAUUUUAAUGUUUAAUACUUGUGAGAGUGGUAGAUGGAAAGAUGAUCUUUUUAACCCGUUUAACCCCGGGGUUAGCUAAAUCCUUGUUACGGUAACUCCCCUAAUAUGCUAUCAGUCCAGAAAGUGUUAAGAUCUAUGGGCUAAGUGUAUAGCUUAAAGGAGACCUCAGCCAAUAGAUGCAGCCAUUCAAAUAUUUUAGAAGUGCAAGACUGGGCAACCAUUUGUUUUUUCCAGAUUCAUCGUUCAUUUAGAUAUUAUGCUAGCAAGGCAUGCCAGAGCUUUGUAUACAGCCAAGAUAUUGUCGUAAUAUUCUGCAAAUGAUUAAGAUUCCAAAAUGUAUUGAGAGGCUAGAAUCCAGAGAAAGUGGUAUAUUAUUUAUUGCAUGAGCUGUGAUAUCUUCUGUAUUACUGGCAUCAUUGCACCAUUACCUUACGUCUCCAUAAAAACCCAAUAUCUUAAAAUGGAUAUUAAACCGAUAAGAUUCUUUAAAAUAUUUCUGCGAAGAAUAUCUGCUAGUGUUGUUGGCAUUACGAUAUUUCAAGUACCUUCAUCUGUUUUCAAUUUGCAGCGCUAACUACACUGCCAACAUUUAAUUGCUUUGGAAGGUUCAUUUUGGAGUUUAAGCUAAAACACACUGCUUGCCUUGGUGUCUGAAACACACUUUAGAUUUCUUUAAUGGCCAUGACACAUGAAGUAGUAGUUGACUAUUGUAAUAUUAUGCACUUUCCACCUGGAGAAGCAGAACAUACCCACGGGAUAGUUAGUUCUUACCCCCCUACCCCACACACAAACAAACAGUAGAGAGAAGGGGUAUUACAAAGUUUAAUUUCUGUUUUAGCUCCAAAAGUUUUUAUUUGGUUCUAGAUUUUGGAGUCACCAUCUGGAGAGGCCAAGUUUCCCUGCUGCAGGAUUAGUAAACCUAUUUUCAAAAUAGCUUGUCCCUCAAUAUAUAGAUACAGAUAUAUAUUAAGGGAGAUAUAGAUAUAGAUAUAGGUAUAUAUAUAAAUACACUUGCUACUCAUUGGAAUAUUAACAUCCGUAGUUUAUUAUUUUGACAUACAAUAACUGGUUGUUGUUUCGUAAUGUGCCAUAGGCAUUGCAGAUAAUUAAGAAUAUAUUCAAUAGUAUUAGUCCGAAAACAGAUGGAUUCUGACUGCUUUGAAAAUUCUCCUGUUUAAAAAAGCAGUCAAGAUUCUGUAAUGUUCGUUUUGAUGAGUUCAGAAGAUUUUCGCAUCUAAACCAAUCUACAGCACCGGAAUUGGAGAUGUAUUAACGACCACAUGGUGGCCGACGAUAAACCAAAUGCAUCUGACAGAAUGCUGUUCACAAAUUAUCAUUCACUUACUUUUUGCAAGUGAAUGUUAAUUUGAAGUGCUAUAACUUUGGCAGCACAUGGGUUAAUUAUAUGGUGGUUUGUCAGUAUUUUCUAGCCACAUGAAAAAAGGAAGAAAAAAUGAAAUGGUUAAAAAUAAGACUAACAUAUUGCUAUAAUAGAGGUUUUAUAACUCCAUAUGCUACCACCUGCUAUCAGGCAGAUGAGGGCAUAUAUAUUAAACGUUAAAAACUAGUGACUGGGCAGACUUAUUUUUUGGGGGGUGGACAAUCGCAUGUCCACCCACCCACCCACUUUAUAAUAAAUUUGGACUUCCACCUGCCAACAUGGGUGCCUGCUGGGGAGGAAUUUAGGCCCCCCCCCCUUAUUUUAAAUAAUAAGGCCCCAUCCGCUUUCACGGAUUGGGGCCAAGAGAGGAGACACUAGGUCCACCCCCUUUAAUAUAGAUAUUAGAGGCCCCCACUCGCUGGCAAGAGUGGGGGCCAGGAGAGGGGAUACUAGGUCCACCCUUUUAAAAAAUCAAAAAGGCUAAGUCGAUGGCAGAUUUAGAAUACUUAACUAGAAAAAUUUAAAUAUCUGCAAUAAUUAUCUGGAUUCUACACAUAACAACAGAAGUAGUUGCAAUUAAUGUCAUAUAGUUUUGCAAAAAUAUUUUGUGUACUUCCUGGGAGCAGUGAUGUAUCAAUUUUAUUACAGAUUCAAUAACUGGCCAAAUAACUUGAAAAUAAAAAUGCAGGGCAUCUCUUUGAAACCUGGUUCUUUUCUUCUUUUCUUCUGGAGAUUUUAGAACUGGCAGAUUUUCACAUAAUCCAUUGUGACAAGAAUUGUGUAUUUAAAUUAAUCUUGAAAACACAGUAUAAGUAAGAUUGCAUGAGUGUGUAGAUAUGUGGGUGCGUGUUUCUAUAUAUAUAUACACACACACAAUUUACUGUAUACACACAUACACACAUGUACUUUGUUACCAUUGUUUUUGGUUGUGUUUUUUUGUUUUUGGUUGUGUUUUGAAGUAGUUUUGUGAGUAAUCUGAGUUUAACCACUGCCAAAAACAUAUAGUUAAAGGUUAAAUCUGGCUUAAAGGACCACUAUAGUGCCAGGAAAACAUACUCGUUUUCCUGGCACUAUAGUGCCCUGAGGGUGCCCCCACCCUCAGGGUCCCCCUCCCGCCCGGCUCUGGAAGGGGGAAAGGGGUAAAACUUACCUUUUUUCCAGCGCCGGGCGGGGAGCUCUCCUCCUCCGAUCCUCCUCUUCUCCUCCCCGUCGGCUGAAUGUGCACGCGCGGCAAGAGCUGCGCGCGCAUUCAGCCGGUCGCAUAGGAAAGCAUUUACAAUGCUUUCCUAUGGACGCUGGCGUGCUCUCACUGUGAAAAUCACAGUGAGAAGCAUGCAAGCGCCUCUAGCGGCUGUCAAUGAGACAGCCGCCAGAGGGAAUGGGGGAAGGCUUAACCCAUUGAUAAACAUAGCAGUUUCUCUGAAACUGCUAUGUUUAUGAAAAAAUGGGUUAACCCUAGCUGGACCUGGCACCCAGAGCACUUCAUUAAGCUCAAGUGGUCUGGGUGCCUAGAGUGGUCCUUUAAACUGUCAAUUUGCAUUUAGCAAAAGUCCAUUUAACAUAUCGUAACUUCCGUGUCUACAGUUAAAUAAAUUUUAAAUUACAAGUGUCCCUUUAAUAUAAAUUUGAGACCUACUGAUCUUAGACAGGUUUAUAGCUUGGUUCCUUCCCAGAGCACAAUAGCUUUUUGUGAUUUAUGCCGCAAAGUGAGUGGGUAAAUUACAUGUGGAAACGUAAUGCUAGAGCUGGUCGCUCAAUGUCCAGGAUUCAGGAAAACUCGGAGCAGAUUAAACCCAGCAGUGCAUACCUCCACACUUUGCUGUAAACAUAUAUUUGUCACUGAAUAUAGCUUUGCAUCAUAUUUCAAACAAUUAAUUUCCGUGGAGGGGGAAAACGAAUGACACAUUUUGUUUUAUAUCAAUCUGGUAAACAUAUGUUCCAUUAGUUGGGUAAAACCCAAGUGUCUAAUUAGUUAACCAGAUGCUGCAGCAUGAUAUAUAUAUAUGUGAGGAUAUGAUAACUGAAUAUAUCUGGUUUUGCUCUUAAAUUAUUUUUAUUUUUUUGCUUUUAGCUCAUUCCAGGUGGACAUAAUUAUUGACAUCAGACCCUUCCAUCCUGAUGCUAAGCUUGAAAAAAACAUUGUUCUUAUCCUUAAAUGCGGAACGGCAGUCAACUGGGUCAUCAAAGCUCAUGACAUUAAAGGAAAACUCGAAGUAUUGGUAUGUUACGCACAAUUUUACAUUUAUAAUGAAUUGUCCAUGAUAACCUGCAUUUUAAAUGUGUUGAGUAGUGUAAAUAAAAAUGACGUGUAAUGAAACAUAAGAUUUUGUUGUUGUUGUUGAAGUUUUAAAAUGUUUCUGUUUAUGUACGUCUUUUUGUUAAAUAUAUGAAUCCACCUUUGUAUUGAUUUUUUUUUUUUUCGAGAUGGUAGGUUUGAUAGUAUACACAAUAACAUUAAUUACAUAGAUAGAACAGUGGUCCUACACUCAGUUCCAAAGCACACCAGUGGUCCAUGUUUUGUUAAUACAGUGGAACCUCGGAACUCAAAUGGUCCCUUUCUGGAACAAUUCGGAAGUCAAACACAAAUUCUGACAAAAAAAAUUCUCAGUACGCGAACAAUCCUCGGUACCCGAACAAAUCAUGCCACAAACAUGCUUAAUUAGACACACUUUAGACACAUUUAAAUGCCAGAAGAACAGUUACCUACCCCAUCUUUGUGUUAAAAUGCUGUAAUUUUGGGGGGUCUGGAACAGGUUAAUUAAAUUUACAUUAAUUCUUAUGGGAAAUGUUGAUUUGGUUCUCGAGAAAAUCGGAACUCGAAAAGCCUUCUGGAACAGAUUGAGUUUGAGUUCCGAGGUUCCACUGUAUCACCAUAGGAACAGAAUUUAAACAUAACACAAUUCUGUAGUAUUGGUGUGUCUUGAGGGUGUUCUCUGGAAACACUGAGAUAAAGUAUGGAAAUGGGAUUCUAACAUUGGUGUUAGUGUUCUGGUUCUUGCCUCCAGAGUUUUUUAAGAUGACCAAAACAUGUUGAAGUCUGGAUAAAAUGUUAAUUUUUUUUUUUGGCAUACUCUUUGUGUUCAUCUAACUAGUUAUGCUAUACAAAUUCUUAAGGCACGUUGACUUUAUUUUAAAUAAGUAAAAUCUAAGAUAAGUAAACUUUGAGAAAAAUUUGUGAACAUAUAGAAAUAUAAUUGCAAAAGUAUUGUACGUUCACAAAAUAUUAAACUGCCAACCCAAAAUAAAGCAACCACUGUUCUGGUAUAAUAGCCAUAUAGAGAGUAGGCCAACUAUACCCCGGCCUUUUAAAUUCAAUUAGCUAUAUGUGUGUACAUAGCCAUUGUAAAUGAAUAUUGCUUGUUAUGGUCUCCCUGAGAAGGACUUAUCCACUUUCUCGAUGACAGAUUGGUAACAAUUCACUUGCAAUAACAUACAUUCUAACACCUUCCUGGACUAAACUUAUCUGGAUUUUCUUGCUAUCUCAAGCAUUGACUUAUUUAUAGAUUACUAAAUUUAGUUUAUAAUCCAUACUUAUUUGCCCUUAUCUCCAGUGUUAACAAAAAAGAUUGCUUCAUGUAUAUUGCAUUGAUCUGUAGAACAAAGAUGGUUAAUCUUGGCGUUCCAAGUCUGUACGAUUCUGCUUUCCGCAUAAUCAACAGCCUUCUCCAUGAUGCACAGCCAACCUUGACAGCAGCCAAGUCUGCCUCAUAUUGAGUAAAUGGUAUCAAUUAAAUAUUGACAAUUCAAAACAGAAAGACGUUGAACUUUGCUAUGGACAUAUGUACGCGUUAACUGGGUGCAAAUUCCAGCUGUACUGUAGGUGAGGAAAUACUGCAUAGAAAUAAAGAUAUAGAACUGGACGUUAAAUAUAAAAAUAACAAUGAACCUUUAUUGAAUCAUCAUAUAAAGUUAUACACCAAAGGUUAAAUCCGCCAAAUAAAGUGCAUCACAAUACAGUAGCACUCAAGAAACAAAACAAAGUGUAUGAAUACACUUAAUGGUACAGAGCUUAGUGAAUAUUCUUGCAGGUGUUAAUGAAACCCUACCUUCUAAAACCUUCACUAUCAAGCAAUGUUCCAGAAAACUAGCGCCGGAAACCAUUUUUUGUGUUAUGGAAGGUAAUAUGUGAAUGUAUUUUUCAUUUCUGUAAGCAUAGAUAGCACAUUAUUUAAUGGAUACAAAAUUAAUAUUUUGGGCAUUUUAAGUUCUCUUUUCUUGGGCUUACCAAUGAGGGAGGCAAUGAUUCCUGUUCCAUGCUGGUCCCGUCAGCAGUAUGCCACAGUGGAGACUAUUGGCUCCAUAGCUAUUAGAAGCGAGUGCAGAGGGAGUCUGGGAGAUCUUUCGAUCAACUCCCCACCAACCAUGGCAAUCUAAUAGUAGCGUUGGCUCUGCCUGUUACCUGAAAAAGAAAAACCACCAGCACCAGGACAGACCUCAACCCUAGGGAACCAGGGGCAGUAAACAAAUUUUGCCUGCAACUGUCAAAAUUGCAUAUAAACGAUACUGGAAACAUACCUUGAAAAUCAUGUAUAUAUGAUUUUGGUAGUGAAGGGGUUAUAUAGAAUGUUUGGAAAUAACUCAAAAUGUGCAUUUCCCAUUAAUACCUCUUGUACCAGUUUUGUAGAUGAUUAAAAUGUGUUCACUAAUCAGUAAACUGUGUUUUGAAUAAAUAAACGGCAGCGGCAAUGUGGCUUUGCUCAGUUUACGGAGCAGUUCCAGUCAUCAGGUAUGAUGAGUGGAACUGAUCUGGGAGAUAAACUUCCUAUCACCAAAACCACUUCAGGACAUAAGUUUAUGGGUUACAAAUAGACCCCACAGAACAGAAUAUGAUGCUUCUUAAUGGAGGCCUCUCCCUGGUUAAAGAAGGGUUGGCCUGUAGAUGCAGGCAGAUCCACUAUACAGUGUAUAUACAGGGGAUAUUAAAUAUACAUAUAUUUAUUAUUUUCUAAAGUUAAUUGUUUUGCAUAUUUUUAAUACAUAACCUAUGUAAUACUUAAGUGGGGGUGAGAGUGGGAUCCUUUCCCUCCCCCCUCCCCUCUACCCCCCAUAGUUUUCCCUUAAGAUCCAGUCCAUAUUUAAGAAAUGAUUAGAUAGAUACAUUUGUGUAUCCAAUAUUCACUCUGUAAACUGUGGAAAGAAUGCUCUAAAGAAAGAUUUUCCAAAGGGAAGCGUUUAUUUCUGACAUAAGUUCAUGUUAUUUUGGUUUGUAAGGCAUGGAGAAUAAGCAAUUCUGGCCUGUUUCAGCACAAGAUGAACUGGGUCUGACCUUAAGAUGUUUUUUAAGAUUGGUUUCCACCACAAGAUUGGUGUACUGACAUCUGGGUCUUCUUGACCUCAGAUUUUUCCCUUACUAUUAACUUGCGCUAUAAAUAAAAGCAAAAUUUACAUGUUCAGUACUUUUGACAGAAAAUACUAACCUUUUCGGUACUGAGCUCUAUGCGUUCUUGACCAUUAGGGGUUAAGCUGAUCACUAUGAGAUACCAAGGAGGGAAAUCCCAAAGUUGUGGGUUUGUCCAUGCUGCCAAAUUCCUUAUUUAAAACAUAUGCUACUCUUCUUUUUUUUUUUUUGUCUAGAUAAGUAAAUUGUCAUUUAUUUUUAUUUUUUUGUACAGUUUCACUGCCAUUUCUUGGGGAUGAUUUAAAACUCAUUCAUCUAAGAUUCUGAGAUGCAUUUCUGUGUCAUAUGUUUAUAACAGUUUCCUGAAAUUAACACUAUAAUUCACUAAAUCAGGGGUAGGCAACCUUCGGCACUCCAGAUGUGGUGGACUACAUCUCUCGUAACAUUAUUACAGACAUAUUGCUGGCAAAGCAUCAGGGGAGGUGUAGUACACAACAUCUGGAGUGCCACAGGUUGCCUACUCCUGAACUAAAUAGUGAAUUAACAACCAAAAAAAGCUAAGAAAAAAAAAAAAUCAUGUCUAUGUCACUAUGCUCUUCAUUUAUCAAAAGGUAUAUUCCAAGCCCCAAAACAUAUACAGAUUUAUGCAGUAGUUAUGGUGCUAUGAGGAUAUGGGUGAAGUCUCUGUUUUAUUGUCAAAUUGUCUUCACCCUAAGCUCAUGCUCUUUCAUGGCAGUCUCAUCAAUUGUGUGCUUCUAAAAGGGGUUAACAGAGAUUUAGUCAAGUCAAAAGGGCUAUUCUGGCAAACACUUCUUACAGUCUCAUUGAGCAAAUAGUCUGGAUGAACAAUGAGAGUGUUCACUUCUUCCAUUGCCAUUUAAGGGGCUGGGCCUAGGGUGCUGUGGAUUCCCCCCUCUGGUCUUUGUCAGAGUGCUUAGCAGUAAAUAAAAAAUAGAGGAGUUUGAUUCAUAGCCUUAUGAUACCAUAACCACUGCUGUAAGAUGUAGUGAUUAUAUGGUUAUAGGAUUGACCCUUCAAUCUGUGUUGUGUCUUUGUUUAUUUCCAUUGUGUUCAGUCACCCACAAUUGUUUUUAGGAUGGAAAAUAAUCAGAUCCAUGUAUUAUUUUCAACUUUAAAAGUAAAUGGGUUAAAAAAAAAAAAAAAAAUACAUAUUUUUUUUAAUUUAAAAUUUCCCAAGGGUUAAAUAUCCUGAUGUGUUAUUUAUGCAAAAUAACUGACCCUGUACAAAAUUUCCAAACAUACUUAUAAUGAUUUUUGGCACUAUUUUAAAAUCAAAAUUGCUUAAUUUUCUCCCAUUUAAACUCUCCCAUUAUAAUCUACAUUCUACUUGGAAAUUACUAUAACAUGCAUUGGAAAACUUGUGAAUCUCUCUUCUGACUGUUUUCAAAGCAUGUUUUCCUUGUGAUUAUUAUUUAAUUUAUUUCCUUAAAAUAGAAAAUUAAAUUAGGAAAGCAUUGACUUUAACAAUCUGUAAUAAUAACUGUUUUCCUUCUUUAGAUUUGAUUAUAAAAAAUUUCAAGUACUACAUCAUAUGCACAUAUUUGUAGAGAUACUUACUAGAUUUUAAAUGUCUGAUUAUCUGUAUUUUUAUCUCAAAAGCACCUAAUAUUUCUCAUUGCUAGCGACUUGUAACCGGAAAGUAGUUUAUAUUCUUUCCCAGGCCUCUUUUCAAUGAAGAACUGUGUAAUUCUCUAAAUAUAGGUUUUUCUGAAGCAAUAUACAUUCUUACUUGAACUACAUCUCAAGGUUCACCAUAUACAAAAUGAUUGUAGUGAAAAUGAUGCACGCUGUAUAUAGCUAUCGCUGCACUGACACAGUGCUCUCGGAAAUUAACAGGAUCAUUCCCAAUCUAGAUUUGCACACGCUAUAGUACACAGGCAGAAUUGGUUUCUUGAGAAAUUAGAAAUUUAUCCCCCAAAAAUUGUAUAAUUAUACGUCAACUAGCAUGAAGAAAAUGUAAAGCCAAAUAGACUUAAGCAAUUUUCAUAAACAAGAUGCUGUUUAGCUCAGACUGAAAAUACAAUGGGGGCAGCAAUUAGAGUGGAUAUUUAGCGUACCUGAUGAUUUAAUUUUACAGUGUUUGGCAGGGAUUGUGCUUCAGCAGACAUGAAAUUACUGUCUAACUCGGUCUGCUAAUCUAAAACAGAGGAGAAAAGGUCAUACAUAUUUUUACAGAUGUUGCUAAUUGAGUUAACCAAAGCAUAUCAUAUUCGUGUAAGAAAUGCACCGCAUUGGGCUGUUAUCUAUCUAAUCUCAAUCUGUUAUUAAUGUAAAGAAGAACCUUAAAAACACACAAGGUGUAAGACUCUAUGCCAGUUUGAGGUCAGUCACUGUGGGAAUUGAGAAAUGAAAAUAUUAAAGAUCAAGAGAGAAGGAAAGGUGUUCUUAAUUUUUUAUUAUAUUUAGGAAAAUGAAUACUUAGUAUACUAAGUGUGUGUAUUUCAAUGUAAGAAAUGUUGUUGUUUUUUUAAGGAUAUAGGAUUCGAUUUAAUAAAUUUGCUUGAGGUCACCAUUAAAAGAACACUAUAGUGUUAGGAAUACAAACAUAUUCCUAACAUUACAGUGCUGGUGUCAUGACAUGAAGGGGUGCUGCCCAGACACAGCACUAUUCCUUUAAAUGUAGGAACCAAUUUAGCAAAGAAUAAAUGCAAAAUACACAAUGAAUAGUGCAAAUAAAGAAAUAUAUAUAUAUAUAUAUUAAAGAGAAUCAAAGUACAAAAAGAUAACAAAACAACAUAUAAUAAAUAUAUACAAAGUCACAGAACAAAUGUAUUUAACCAUAUAGGAUAAGCAUGAAUAGUGCUGGCAGUGAAUACUUAAAUAGUCCUUUGGUAUAAAGGCAGGAUUGUGCAGGCACCACUAGUAAUAGGUAGGGCACAGAUCCAAAGUUCACAAGGCAAAUAUACCAGGAAGCAAAACCAGAGGCAAAAUAAAUGAACCAGGCUGCAGGGUCAGGAUCACUGGCAAUAAGGCAGCUAGCACGAUACCAGAACAAAGGAGCAGGAGGACACAGGAACGAAGACCAGGAGGACACAGGUACGAAGGACCAGGAGGACACAGGAAAGAAGGAUCAGGAGGACACAGGAAAGAAGGACCAGGAGGACACAGAAACAACGGACCAGGAGGACACAGGAACGAAGGACCAGGAAAUGCAGGAUACAGGACCAAGGAACAGCAUGCAGGAUCAAGGAGUCAGAAUCACAGGGAACCAGGAACCGGGGAAACAAGAGACAAUGAUCUGACAAGGAGUGAGGGGAGAAACCAAACUAUAUAGGUGCUAAACAAGGACCAGGUGAAGUGCUAAUGAAAAGAAAUUAGAAACAGUGCCAAACAGUGAUAGUGGUGUGAAUGGGUACUGCACGAGGGAAUAUCAACUAAGGAGUGUGUCGUGACAGCUGGACUACCUAUUUAAGUGUCUGGACCCACUCAGAAUGGUGUUAAAAGGUAUUUUACUUACCUUACCUGGUCUUGCCGUGACAGGCUCUGCCUUGGUGAUCUCAGCCAAUCUAAUGCUUUCUCAUAGGAAAAAAAUCAUCAUCUCCUCAUAGACAUAGAAUGAAUUAAAGAUUGCAGAAUGUAACCCGAGAAGUCCCACUAGUGGCUUUCUGCGUGACAGCCACUAGAAGUAUUACUAAGCAGCAAUGUAAACACUGCCUUUUCUCUGAAAGGCUGCAUUUACAUUGUUGAGCCUGCACGGGCAGGUUAUAGACACCCAAACGAGUAUAUUUAACUGCAGUGGUUUUGGUGACUGUAGUGUCCCUUUAAAGUCUAUGGGGAUUUUCGUAGACCAAUCAUGUGGAAACAGUACUAAAUGGUAUCUUACAGUAUUGAAUCUUUUGGAAAACAUAAUAAAUUGAGGCCAUAGUUUGCAUUUCUUUGAUCCCACAUAAUAUCUACAAAUUUUAUGUAUGGUAUGUCCAUUUUGUUAAUAAAGAUAUGGUAGCAAGAGAGUAGGCGAUAUUUCACACAAUUUGUAUGGAAUUACUUGGAAACAUUUGUAUAUUGAUGUCCCAUGGACCCCACACCCUCCAUUUUGUUUGCUAUGGAGGUUGAACUGGGUGCCAAACAGGAAACCCUAGAAACUAAAAUGGAUGACCAAAAGGUGGCAGUAGUCAGUACGUACAUUGAGUCUGGAACGCAAUGGCCAAGAAUGAGCAUCUCUCCUCUUCUUGUUUCCCCUAGAGAUCAGCACAUUGCCAGCAAUAAUUCUCUAGAGUUAUGAGGUGCAAUUAUGUUUAAUUGCGUUAAAUGGUCUUGGCGCUUGUCAGUCUAAACAUGCUGUUUUCUAAAUUAUGCUGUUUUAUUUAAACGCAAGUUCACUCUGUAGUUUAUACUUGUAUAUUUUUAUACGGGUCAUGUUUUAAACAUUGAAGACUAUUAUAUGACUUAAUCUACAAUGAAAUGCUUUUCUAACUUGUUUCUCUCUUCGAAAUCCAGAGCCCAAACAGUAUAAGUUUUGGGAAAGAGAUCGAUAAGGAUUUGUUCACAAGCAAGCAUGUGGAUUCGAGCAUCCCAUCAGCCAAAGAGAACCUGGUAAAGUGGGCUAUGGAUAAUGGAUAUUCUGAAGUGUCUUCCUUUACACAUGCUCCUGUGGCAAACAGAUUCCAAAUCAAACUACUUAAUGACAAAGGUAAUAAUAAAAAUGUUCUGUGUGUGUGUAUAUAUAUAUACUCACUUGAUAUGACCUCUAAAGAUGAUAUCUCUUGUUCGUGUACACUGUGGUUGCAAUGCUUGGCCCUCCAAUUAUUAGACUGUAUUUUCCAGAGUUGCUAGCCACAGGAGAAGAUAUGGGGUAGUCAGUAAUGUUCUAAAUGUUUCCAUAUUUGUAAAAUGUAAACUAUAUAACAUAUAUAAUAUAUAAAAUUUAAAAUUAACAUAUAUAAUCAAGAUGAAAUACUACCUCACAUGGCCAAGUGUCACCAGCCCUCCAACAGUAUAAGCCACGUGCCUACAGAGAGGACUUGGCGUGCUAGCUGUGGCACGUGUGCGAUAGGUUUGCCAUCGCUGGUACAAGUUGUUUGUUUUUUAUAUAAAUAUUGUUCAUUAAAGUUUUAUCGGUACAGCAAUAAAAUCAUAUCUAAAUCAGAUAAGACAAUCAAUUAUCUGUUACGUAAAGAAUGCAAUUUCAGAAUGAAUAGCAUAUAAAAAGAAAAGACAAUAGAAAAUCUUAAAUAAAUAAUAUAAUAAAAUUACAUAACAAUACCUUUUUUCUCGUAUCAAAUUUUAUAAUGCAUACUACCCAUCUAAGUUUACAAAUACUACUCGUAUCAGAGAUUAGCCCCCCCAAAAAGGACAGCUCGAAAAUAUAUUCUAUGAGAAAAUUAAAAAACAUAAAGAGCAUUUUUAUUUUUUUAAAUGGGAUUGGUCAAUCUUCCAGAGGAUCUGAAACAGGCAGAUAGACGAUACCUCUUAACCACUUAAACUGUGUAAUAUUUUGUUGGUCAACCUUACCAUAUGCUGCUUCUAUCAAGCAGGUUUGCUUACUUUACUCAACCGUUCUCUAUAAGAUGGAGGAACUGCACUUUUCUAAGAUAAGGACAUUAGUGCAUUAGGCAAUCUAAUAGUUAAAGAUGUUGAGAGGAACAUAAAGAACUUUAAAGGUACCCGAUAAGCACCAAAAACUAUUGCUGAAUGAAACAACUUUGGUGAAUAGAUUAUGGCCCCGCAGUCUUACUGCUCAAUUCUCUAUUUACUAAUUAAAUCACUUUGUUUAUGCAGAUAAAAUUGCACCUCCCCUGCAUGUGCACUACACCGUCUCCCUACACCAGGUAUACACCAGGCACUGCAGGUGUUUUGAACUACACCUCCCAUGAUGCUUUGCCAGCACUAUGGGUGUGAAAACAUUAUGGGGAAUGUAGUCUACAACAUCUUUAGUGCCAAAGGUUGCCUACCCCUGCCCUACACAUUAUUCUGUAAAGAAAUAUCUAAUGUUUAAACUUCCUUUAUUGCAUAGUGUGUUUAAUUUAGGUGGCAGUAACCUGCAAGAGCCUGCAGGAGCUGUCUGCAUGUAAUUAAAGUUUAAUUAAUAGAGCAGAAUGUAAAAAAAACCUUUUAAAGUGAACACACUGUGCUGUCACAUCUGAUUCCAUUGGAUGCGUAAGUCACAGCCAGCGGAGUAAUUGCUAGGGUUGCAUAAACAGAAGCAAAAGUGAUUUAAUUCCUAGUGGUUUUAAUGCUUAAAGUUACCCUUUAAUUGAGAAUUAUAUUACCUGCUGUAAUCGGUGGUGGUUAAUCAUCAAGAGCAUGUAUCGCUGUAGAAACAUUUUGCCAAUAUGAUUUUUUUUUUUAAAUUCUUUAUUUGUGUCGUUUUGCAUGAAUCCAGGUAAGUGGGGUGAGGUGUACAGAAGGAAAUGAGGAGGGUUGGUACAUUACAUUUCAGUGUUAUGUGUACCAUUGCAGGGUACGCCUUCAGACAUUUUUACAUUUUCAUACAUUAGCAAAUCAACAUCUGGUAUUGAGAUUGAGAUUGCGAGUAUCAUUCAGUUUGCAUGUUUGUUGUUUCUUUGUUUUCUAUGUCUGUGGAUGCCUGAGGUCCGGCUAAUAGGGUGUGAACAGAGAUAAGGGAGAGGAGGUUAGGCGGAGGUUAGGCAGGGGCUGUUACACACUUUUGUGCAAGGCGUUGGUCGUCCCCUUGUUGUAUACUAUAUUCAGGCUUGUGGACCUAGUUCAGGAGUGUAUCGUUACUAGUGUAACUGGGCAGGGGUGUCUUCGGAGCGUCGCUGGGACCUGGGGUUAUUUGCCCAUUGGAGGGGACCCAGUUGCGGUCAUGAAUGUUGGAUGAUUGUCAUCUCUCCAAACAUUGUUUAAUGUCUAAGGGUAGGCGUGUGUCUCAUCUAUUGUCAGUCGAGAUGUGUCUGUUGUUUGGGUGGGCUGUCCUGUUGCCCCUUCAGGCUUCGUGUGCUGGUAUCAAGAGAUGGUUGGUUCUAUGCCCCUGUCCUGCCCCAGUUAGUUUGUGGAUGGUGGGUGUCUCCUGAGGUGGUGUCCAGUGUAAGUUCCCAGUUGGGCCCGGGCGUGUUUCCCCUGUGAGCCCAACCUCCCCUUCGUGUUUGAGGAUCUGUGUCCCUCAGUGCGUCUUGCGUGUUCUGGACAGCGGCCUGUGUCUUGCCCUGUGAGUUUCCGGGGAACGGGUGGGGUCGGGUAUGGGGUUUGAGGUAUGGGUAUGAAGACUGGGGUCGUGACUUGCGGGCCGCCUGGGGCACGGCCCUCCCUCCCUAGAGCUGUUGUGAGGGUAUGGGUGGUGAAUGGAUGAUGUGGCUGUAUGGGUAGUUGCCUGGGAAUGUGUUUUGUUUUUCUGCCCGGGGGUGGCGUGUCGUCCUCCUGGUAUUGUUACCAUGGUAUGGUUGUUUCCCCCUCUAGCCAUGGGUCCCAGAUUUUGUGGAAGUGUUUGGGUUGUAUCGUGUAUUUGUGCUGUGAGUUUGUCCAUGUGCGAGCUGUCUAUUAUCUUUCUCAUGAUCAUUUCUUGCCAAUAUGAUUUAAUGAGAAGGCUAUUAGGACAGGCAAGCUCAUGACAUGUCCGUUCAGAGAUACCUUUAGUGUAAAAAUAAUAAUAAAUACUUAAGUUUCUUUAAUCUUAUUUUGCUUUUUUCCUCCCUUCAAUAGUGAUGAGUGAUGAAGAUAAGCCCAUGCUUCCUCCAGAGCUGACUGAUCUUUUGCAGAUCAAUAAGCAAGAUGGCGGCUUCCAUUCAUCACGUGGAAGUUUUCCGUUUCCGCUGCCUAAAGACAGAGGGAGAGAGAUGCUAGAUAAAAUACCAAUCAUUGAUGGGCUCCCGCAAGAACCUGAAGAAGCACAGGGGAAUAUUAAUGUGGCUCUUUCUGUGAAAUGUGACCAUGACAUGAUGGUGGCAACCAUUGAGAAAGAAAGUUUCCAGGUAUUUGUGGAAUCUACUUUAUAUCUACAUGUGUGUAUAUAUUUAUACGCUUAUACAUAUGGCAUGUUUUUCCCAUAAUCAAUACACUGUAGCACACGUGUCUUCCAUGUAAUGACAAGAUUGUAGCACAUUAGAUAUCAGGGAUUAUUGGCCUUAAUUCAGUGUUGAUAAUUUUUCAAAGAUUUAAUAUUUUUGGAUACACUUUUAAAAUAUAUUUUUUUCAAAAUAUUAAAAUAUAAAAAUAAAUAUGUAUUAAAAAACAAGAACUAUAUCAAUAUAUUAAACAAUCUUAAAUUAUUAAUAUAUUAAAAUAUUUUUUUCCUAAUACUACACGUUUCUAAAAGUUAUCCAAAAAUAUAAAAUGAUUUGAAAAGCUGAUCCAAAUAUAUUAAAUUAAUUAAAGUGUUCUAAAGCUUUAGAGACACUCACACCAAGAGCAGUUUGGCAGUAUAAUGGAAUGAGGACCCAAAAAUAAUGUCAGUGUUACCACUAGAAUACACUGCAGUAGGAAUAGUGCUUACAGUGUCCCCUUACCUGAUUUAGAUAUUGCAGUUUAUUUUCAACAUGCUCUCUAAAUAAAUACUCAAAAGUAUUUUUUGAAAACAAAAAGAGCAUAAAUCUACACAUCACUUUUUAGAAUUAGCACGUUUAUGGACUUUGACUCAUGCUGAUGGAGAUGUUUGUAUUGUGAACUCAUUGGCAUAAUUAAAACAGUAUCUAUUUAGUGAACCAUAUUCUAUACAGUAUUGUAGCUUUUUUUUGUUGCAUCCUUUUCAAGGCUAAUGGAUACAUAGGCACAGAGCUUUCACUCCUCGAUCCAACGUGCAGAGCAACAGAAAAUGGCACUCAUUUUAUCUUAAAGUCCUCACUGACCGGAUGUGGAACACAGCAUAACAUUGACGACUCAAUAAACAUUGUUUACUACAACACUGUAAGUAGAUUAAUGGGAUUUUAGAAGCCAACAUGGCAGUUCUUAAAUGUACACCAUAAAUGCAGCUGGGUCAAAUAGCAGUGCAGCUGCAUCAAUAAUUACUUGGUCUUUAAGGCAAAAUAGUUCAGAUAAAGAUUCUUCUUUAAAUUUGUUUCUGUUGGAUAUUGCAUUAGUAAGGUGAAAAGUGAUCACGGAACUAUAUAAAGAUAGCUCAGAAUGAUACAUGCUUGUGUGCAUUUGAUGUUAUGCAGAAUAUCCGAUUCAGUUAGGUUCAGGAUGUUGGAGAACGUACUUACAGUGCUCAGAUAAUUAUCUGCCGACGGCAAUUUUUGCUUUUUCAAUUAGCAAAAGUAUUAUCAUUAAAAUAAAAUACAUCAAAGAGGGCUACUAAAAUAAGAUGGGAAUUCGUUGUCACUUAAAUGAUUUUAAACACAAUUGCAGGGAAUAGGAAGAAAUCACCAAGACUAUACGUACCCAAACCUAACGUUUUUUUUGGGUAGCUAAAAUGUUUGAGGCACGUAAAAUGAGAUUAUGUUGAUUACAUUGCCAAACUAAAAAAAUUGCACCCUUUUAUGAUUGAACUUGUUUUUGGAUAUUGUGGCAGUAUUUUGUUGGCCCAUACGCAUAUUUAAGCAAUGUUGCCAAAUAUUGGGUCUUGCGCAUUGGCAUCGGUGACUACUAGUUUCUCGCAUCCUUUUUCACUGAAAGCUAGACUUUCAGCAAUCACACUUAACUAGCCCACGUUACUAAAAAGGACUGUCCAAACUGUACUUUAUCAUACUCCUGUGAUCUCUAAAUGAGACCCUUAAAUACAGCCUCAAUCAUUCGCUUGACAACCGUAUUCUCACAUAAUGGGCCUGUUUCCUCCCUUGAGCACGGUCUCUAGGUAUAAAAACAUAUGUUCCGGUUUCCUUGCCUGAUUCUCUGGUUUCCACAGUCUAUUUAAAAAGCUGGCUAGCUUCUGGUGGUGGUGCUGUUUUUCUGUUGAUCAGUGCAGUUGUUUAUUAAGUUAGGUUUCCUAGCUAAAAUUAAUAUCCUGAAAGGAAAAGCAAUCAGGUUGUUUGCUGCAAUUGUGUUAUAUUUUUCUUUUCAUCAGAAAGCUGUUUUGUUUUUUUAAAAGCAGUUGCACUGACAGCUUUUCCUGUGAUGUUACAGAUUGUUAUUCAGCUGUCCCCAGCCACUGAGGGAAGUGGCUGGAGCAGUGAUUACGAGGAUAUGGAAUCUGGAGAUAGCCCUUUUCCGGGAGACACAGAUGAAACUGAAAUAGGUCUUCCCUACUUCAAGAGGCCUGAAAUUGUGGUGGUAUGUUCAAUCUAGAAGGCAAGAUCUCUAACAAAACAAUGCAAUGUAUGUAGGUCUAUAUGUGAUACAACCAUCAAUGAUAUUUGGUCUGAUUCAUUCUGGGUUCCUUACUGGGUCUUUGUUUUUUGUUAUUUCAAAGACCCAACCCUCCGAACAAAGGGUUUAGCAUAGAAGAACAGGUUUAUCGAUUAGAAGUGGUAAAUACUUCCCAUAGGUAGAUCAGUGAAUCCAGGGAUCUUUAUUCUGAAAAUAUUAAAUCUAUAUUAUUCAAACAUAUAUCACGACACACACAAUUAAAAGUUGUCAAUGUUACGCUGUAUUCUACAUCCAAUCCAUGGGAUCAACAAGGUAAAAUAUAUUUUCUUUUCUCUUGUAUAAUUAGAAGUGUGUGGUUUUCUUUAUUUGUUUAUAUUAAAUCAGAUUGUGUUAUAUUAUUAAAGUUUAUAAUACAAUGUAAUACAUUGUUUAUAGACACAGGUAUUUGUAAAGUGCACCAUGUUGGAUUUAUGUACCAUAUAUGAAGAGUGUCCUUUAAAGAUCGUACAGUGACGGACAUAUUUAUUUGUGGUUUUAUAAUUUAAGUAUUAAUAUCCUUUAGUCAGUUCACCUGUCUGUACUGUAAAAUCAUACCCAAUAUGUUUUUCGCCCAAACUUCCUGUCACUUGUUCAUGCCCUUUCCUUUCAGCAGCUCUGAAUGUUAUGAGUAUAAGUGUCCAUGUUUAUUGAGCUCCAUGACAAUAAAACAUAAAAUAAUGUGUGUUUAAAUGCCCAUGAAUAUAUAUGAAAGUUAUUUUGUUGAAUAAAAUUUUUGAUCUUUAUUGGUUAGAAUAUUGUUUUUUAAUAGAUUAUCAAUGCAUCUAAAAAUUCACGUAACACAGACAACCUUCUUUCUCUAUAAAAUAAAUUUGGAAAACAUCCAAAUAUAUUAUUUUCACCUUUUAAAAAAAAAAUAUGCUCAUUUUGUCUCCUUAGUUCAACUGUACAGUGCCACAGGAUACAGAAACUUCUCUAGACCUGUUUCCGGAUGGAUCUCUACAUUCCGUCAUGAGCAAUGUCACUUUUAAUAUGGACCUCUACAAAACAGAUUUGUUCCUGACCCCAACUCAGAAAUUCUUUUCUGUUGCAGAAAAUGGACAGGUUUACGUAGAGGUAACAAAUGAUUAACAAUGAUUCUUAAAUCUAUCUCUAGAUCAGGAAAGAGGUCAAAAAGCACUCAGCAGCUACCCUUUUUCUGCAACAUACUUCUCACAAGAUCAUUUCCAAUACAGAUGCAUAUAGUAAAAUGGAAACAUUACAGUCAUUUCCCCGUAUUAUGAGUGUCAAGUAUAUUUUUUUGUAAACAAAAAUCCUAGAUACAUAUUUUUAAACAUGUAUACUAUUUCUGUGGAAAACACUCAAAUUCUUUAAAUCAGGAAGGCAGCACGAUUUGGUGAUACCGUAUUGGUUUCCGGGGUGUAGUCAAUUUCUGAUAUCAAACCUCAUCCAUGUUGUUUUAUUACGCAGGGCUGGAAGGUCAUUUGCAUGAGCUGGAAAGAUAAAAAUGUUAACUCAGUCACAUAGAGAAGUGAAUUGUAAAACAACAGGAAUACCCUGUAAAUACGCACUCGCUUAUAUGAAACAGAAAACUACAUUACAUCACGUAUGGCUGUAUUUAAAUAAUUUUGACAGUGGAUUUACUUUAAGCAGUUCCAGACCCUCUAGAGCUCCCAGAGGAACACCACUUGUAACCUUAUCUCUCCCUGAUUGUAUUACAUGGAUCAAAUAUCUGUCUUGUGUUUUUCAAGAAAUGCUUUACCUACUAAACUAUUUAGGGAUCCUGGCCCUAGGGAUGAGUUUUUGUUUGUUUUGAAUAUUAUCAAUGCCUUUGCCAAAAUGGUGACAUUGGCUGCAGAUUUAAUGUAUAAGUAACUAUGUGACAAUCCCAUAACGAUCUUUAUAGGUUUGUUUUAGGCAUGCUGUACUAGUUAAAAAUUUGAUUAUUUAACAUAACCUGUAUUUUUGUUAAUAAGUUAUAUUUUAUAUACAAUGGAUCAUCAGGUUCCAUGUUCAGUUCAUUGGUUCUGAUACUCAGUGACUUACUUUCGCAGAAAAGUCAACUUUAUUUCUGCGAUCAUCAAUAUUUUAUUGGAUGCAGGCAUAAGAGGCCACACUAGGAAACAGGAUCUACCAAUAUUAAGUUACAGAUCUUAAUAAUCUGCUCGAUACCGAUAAAUAUUUAGAAUGAUUUCACUAAAACUUAGGCAGGAUGUACCUGUGUUUGCUUUUCCAGAAUUUAAAUCUCCUCUAGCCCAGAUUAAACCGUUAACUAAUUGGCAUUGGGCAUCCACAGGAGGAGAAACUAAUAGGCAUUUAUUUCAAACAUUCACUGGAUUAUGCAAUCAGAUAUUCUCCAAGUUACUCAAAUGUUCAACAAUCAUUAAUCUUGUAACAGCUGCUAGACCACUUUCUUUAAUGUGCAAUGGGCUGCUGUACAAACUUAAAAUGAAACUGCUGCCCUUCAGUGUCCCACAUUUAUGUAGACCUCCUUAGCAGUGGAUCACUGUUGUAAAACUAAAACAAAAAUAGGGGUUGUGAUCCAAAAGAGCCUUUUUGGGUCUCGCCAGGAUGGUGCUGGUUCUGGUUUAGAAGUUUAAAGGAACUCUAUAGGGUCAGGAACACAAACAUGUAUUCCUAUAGUGUAAAAACCACCAUCUAGCCCCCUGUUCUGGGGCAGAGUCAGCACAAGUCAAACACAGCCCUAGCCAAUCAGCAUCUACUCAUAGAGAUACAUUGAAUCAAUGCAUCUUUAUGAGGAAAGUUCAGUGUCUGAAUGCAGAGGGUGGAGACACUGAAUGACAGUGGUGCUCACUCUGCAGCACCGCCCCAGGAAGUAGCUUUAGCAGAAGUGGCAAGUGGAGUUAUCCCUAGGCUGUAAUGUAAACAAUGUAUUUUCUCUGAAAAGACAGUGUUUACAGCAAAAAGCCUGAAGGGAAUGAUUCUACUCACCAGAACAAAUGCAAUAAGCUGUAGUUGUUCUGGUGACUGUAGUGUCCUUUAAGUCUUUCUGUCAGUGUGUAUGUAUGUAUGUGUAUAUACACACUCAAUAAAUCUAUAUUUAAAUCUAUAUUUAUACAGAUAAAUCUGAGAACCAAAAAUGACUGUCAGUCAUAUCUACUAAAUGUAAUAAAUGUAGAUGCCUUAAAAAAGACAGAAAAACAAAAACACACUAAUGUUGAAAUGUUUUGUUUGCAGGUUUCAGUAACAAAAGCAGACAAGGAUCUGGGAUUUGCCAUACAGACCUGCUUUAUAUCUCAACACUCCAGUCCUGACAUCAUGUCAGAAUAUACAAUCAUAGAGAACAUCUGUCCUAAAGAUGAGUCAGUGAAAUUUUACAAGGUUAAACGGAUGAGUUUCCCUACUCUACAGGAACAAACGGACAAGAAGAGAUUCAGCUUCAUGUUUAAACCCAUGUUUAACACGUCUCUGCUCUUUCUGCACUGCGACGUUACCUUGUGCUCUACUAAUGACAGAGAGGUGGAUGGCCUUCUCAAGGUGAGGAAUUUUUGUUUUCGAUUAACACAACCAGCUGUCAGUAUCUUUUUUUGAGUUGGAGAUUAAUGCCAACGGAAACGACAUGUAAUAUAUGUAAUAUAAAUGCCGCAAGGUCAAUUACCGGUUAGUAAGACCAUGCAUUACAGAACCCACUCACAGUAACCCAAGCCAACUGAUAACCUUGUAUAGAAGAAGGUAUCAAAUCAUUUCCUAAUUUAUUUAGUUCAAGAGUGGCCAAAAUACGACCUUAGCAGCAUCAAGAGGUUUUAGUUAUAUACAAGCUAGGUGGUCAGAUUUUGGCAAUCCCUGCUUCAGUAUGUUUGAAAAUAUUUUUAAAAAAAUCAUGCUGCUACACAACAUAUGCAUGUUUAGUUUUUAUUUAAAACAGAACUAUUGCAUUCCUUCACUAUUCGUAGAUUUGAUACCGUGGUCAAAGAACAAAGGACAAAUUCACAAUUUAAAGUUAGCAAAAUAUAAAAAUAAAUCUUAUAUUAUAUGUAAAUUACAAUCCGGUAUUUUUUACCAAUCCUCUUUGGAUUGUAAUCACUUCGACAUCAGUAAUGGGCCAUCGACUGCCAUUAGCAUGUCAAUAAAUAUAGUGUAUAAGAUUGUGAGUCACCCCAAAGCUUGAUGACAUUUUUUUUAAGGAGUUACCAGUAAUCACAACAUUACUAGUGCCAAACCUUUCAAAAACAUCUGCAACUAUAAGCUCUGAAGCUGUCUUUAGUUUUAUGGUGCCUUGACUGUCCUUUUAUUUAUUUUUUCAUUCUUUAUUUUAUUGAGGCAUUUAAGUGAUACAUUUCAAACUAUAACAGUGGGAGUUCACAUGAGCCUUGAACGCAGUCAAGGAGAAUAAACUCCAGGAAAAUGUAGCCUCCUUUUUGUUUUUUGUAACAGUUAUCAGUGGCGGCUCUAGACUUUGUGAGGCCUUAGGUGAAACUCAAACAUGAGGCCCCCACUAAUACCUAAAGUUAAAAAUAGGGGUUGCAUUGUGUGUAUAAGGUGCUGUUUGGGUAUUUAAGGACAAGCUUGCAGCACUGGAUACAGAUAGCUAGUCUUUGUAUUCAUUGUUCAAAGGCUUGCUAUGUUGCGGCUCCCUGUGCCGCGGCAUUGUGAUCUCUCUGACUGUAUCUAUGGCAUAAUAUGCAAACUAACUUAAUUUGCAAUAAACAAAUUCAAUUAACAAUUAUGCCAAUCGUUUAUACAUGACUGAGGGGUAUGGUUACAUAGCCUUGCAGUCGUAUAUACAUAAGUGGCGGUGUAUGUAUAUAUGACUGUAUCUGACAUUGUCUACCUAUGUGUGACAGGGUUUGGGGUGAGUGUUGCACAGUUGGAGUAUAGGAUUGUAAGAGUUUAUGUAAUAGGGUGAGUGUGGCAGGGUGAAGGGGGUGAGUGGGACAGACUGAUAGAGGAUGAGUGACAGGGUCGGGGGGUGAGUGUGACAGUGCAAGAGAAGGUGAGUCUGACAGGGCAGAGGGUGGUGGGGUGGCUGGGUGGCUGGGGCAGAAGGGUGGUAGGAGUGGCUGGGGCAGAGGGUGUCUGGGGCAGAGGGUGGUGGGGUGGCGUGGGCAGAGGGUGGUAGGAGGGCAGGGUGGGGAGCGGAGGCAUAAAUACCUUAGGAUUAACUUAUUCCCUGGUAGUCCAGUGGGCGGCCAGGCUGUAUCCCUGGUGGUCCGGUGGGCUUCCUUUACGGUCUGCAGCUCCGCCGGGUAAGUUUAGUCUCGCUAUCUCAGCCAGUCAGAGCGGUGCCGUGGUAACCCGCGGCAACGCUCUGAUUGGGUGAGAUCGAGAGACCCCCUCAGUCUGCAGCUCUGCACUCGGCGGAGCUGCAGACAGGCUGGCUCUCUCCCAGGCAGGCAUAGGAGGGUCAGCGCACCCGGCGGGUCCUCGCACCUCUCUCCUGGGCAUGCAUAAGAGGGGCCACUGCCCUAAGGCGAUUUAGGCGGCCGCGAGGCCCUCAUCAGCGCGAGGCCUUAGGCGGCGGCCUAAAUCGCCUAAUUAGAGAGCCGCCUCAUAGAAACGUAGAAACAUAGAAUGUGACGGCAGAUAAGAACCAUUCGGCCCACCUAGUCUGCCCAAUUUUCUAAAUACUUUCAUUAGUCCCUAGCCUUAUCUUAUAGUUAGGAUAGCCUUAUGCCUAUCCCACGCAUGCUUAAACUCCUUUACUGUGUUAACCUCUACCACAGGUAUAAUAGAACAUUGCAUGUGCAGUAUUCAAGCAUUUAAAGACAUAAGAUGAUAAUAUGCACUGUAUGUGAUACGACAGGCAUGGCAUCAUACACGUCAGGUAUGAACUAUAUGCCAGAACAUAAUAAAUAUAUGCUGUCAUGUUAACCGCAGGCUAGGUAACAGGCUAUAUAACAUUUUCUUACUCUCAGAUAAAACAUCUGGGCCAAGCCAAGUAACAUUAUGAACAUUAUGAAAUAAAAUCAGGCAAUGUAUAGGCAUUUUAGGGGACAUGGCACCUCAGGGUGUGCUAAACAUAGUGGAUUAUAACCUCUGCAGCAUAAUACACUUUGGGUGUUGCGGGUAUGUUAUACUCUGCAGGGGGUAUGUGUCACGGCUACUAUGCUUUGGUGGUAAGUGCAGCCUACAUGUGGAGCAGGGUUAGUGAAUAAUAAUAAGUGUGUCUCUCCUGCCCCAAUGUCCCAGACCAUUACCCUAUGCCCAUGCAUAUUUUCAUGGUGGUGUUCGAUGACAGUGUCCCAGCUGUCCUGUGUCGGCCACUGGGCCGGCCCUUCUCCUUCACCAGGGCCCUUGUGCAGUUUCUUCAGCUCUGAUCGGUGAUGGCUCUGCAAGCGCAGUCUCGGGCGGCUUUCAAGUGAGGGCGCACCAUCCAGACAUGCGGGGCAUGCCGGGUUCUUCUCCAGUUACCUCUCUUUUCUACUCUGGCGGGUUUUGAUACUUGUUGAGUGUCCCAUUUGUUAGGGUGGUUGUUUGGGUCGUUCCUUGCGGCCUUUGCUUGUUCUGGAGGGCCAUAGGCAGGUCUGUAAUGGGAGCUCUUGUGUUGGCAGUGUCCGGCUGCCUUCCUGCGCUUCUCUGUUGUCCUCAGCUUUGAGUUACCUUGCUUUAUGCUCUGCCCGGCGUGUACCUUGGUUUUGGAACCCUGCAGCUUGCGGGGAGCCCUCUGGGUGUUUGGGCGGCGAAGCAGGUGUACCUCUGUAGUGGUCCCGUUUUCGGGGUGGACCCGGCGUGCAGCCUCUGGUGCGUGCCUCUGCUUUUCAUGCGGGGUUCGGGAGGUAGGUUUACUCUGUAGUCGCUUCCAGAAGGCCCUGCAGAGUUGGUCAAACCGGGCUUCUGUGGCGUGAGCAGGACAUGGCUUGGUGGCCAUCUUGGGUGCCUCUUGUGAUUUGCAGCCGGACUGCAGUUCCCCUUGUGGUGGGUAAAUCGGAGUCACCUGCGGGGACCGGGAUAUCCCCCGCCGGUCCAUAGGGGGGGGCAGCAGGGGAGCAGGAGAGCUGCUUUGCGGUGCCAGCCCCGCGCCGGGAGAGCAGCCGCCUCCCUCGGCGAUUAGGCUGCUGUCCGUGCUAGGCCACAGGUGCGAAUCCCGGCAAACCAGCUUGAAUUGCUUCAUGUGUGGUAUCAAACUGCUCAGUUUAACUUUGUGUACCCGUCGGUAGCUCAUUUGAUCACUUUUCUAGGCUUAUUUGUGUCGUUACAUUGAGUUAAAGCUUGUGCAGAGCAGGAGCUGUGCUUGAGUGCUUCUGCUCAGCCCUGCAUUCAGGCCCCACCCCCUUGACUGUCCUUUUAAACCCACCAUUUUGCAUAUUUAAAUUGCUAGAUUCUCUCUGAGAACAAUGAGCUGUUUAACACUACAGUGCGAAAGGAUCCCUAAAAUAAGUGGCUACACACUCCUCUACCUCAAAAAUGCAAAGCAAUUCAAAACAGAGGUAUGUAAGAAAAUAUAGGUUUAAAUAUUCACAAUGAAAGCCCAUAUAUGUCACAGCCCUUCUUCAAAUGGUUUAUUAAUAAUAUGGUAUAGACCCAAUGGUAGCAGCUUCAGUGAUAAAUACAGCAAACGCCAAAUAGUAUAAAACACUGCAUAUAAAACUGUUUUGCAAAUUUAUUGGUAACAUAAAAUCAUUGUAUAAUACACUCAAACAACAAAUACACACGGACACCCGUGAGAAAAAGUGAUAAAACAAAAAAACUUAACUGAUGGGUACACUGCUUCCCAAGGUUAUUUCCCAGCUGAUAACCAUAUAACAAGACUGUAUAAUUGAUAGGAUAUUUUGGGAUUCUGCUAGUGUACCUACAAUAGAGGACAAAACAUAGUGCAAAUAUUGCUAAACACUAUAAAACAUCUGGUGAUUAAUAUGCACUCACAUAUUCCAAAAAGUUAAGCGUAUUAUGGGUGCCUCCCCUCGAUGUAAAUGGGGGGUUGUCGAGGGGAGGCACCCAUAAUACGCUUAACUUUUUGGAAUAUGUGAGUGCAUAUUAAUCACCAGAUGUUUUAUAGUGUUUAGCAAUAUUUGCAAUAUGUUUUGUCCUCUAUUGUAGGUACACUAGCAGAAUCCCAAAAUAUCCUAUCAAUUAUACAGUAUAAUACACUCAAAUUUGAAAAAGCAAAGAUAGAUAAAAUUGGCCACAGCCUCUCACCCAAUGCAUUUUAGCUGUAUUAGACUUUUUCAAGGGAACGUAAAAGGCUAAUAUAGACAAAAUGCGUAAAGUGAGAGGCUCAGGCUGAUUUCAUUUUCCUUUUUAUGUACUAUAAGAAUUAAGCACUCCUUGAUAGUGCUUUUUAAAUUACGAGUGUGAUAUGUAAUGAUAUAAAUUUGCAAUACAGCUGCAUACUAGGAGCCUUUUGGUCCUUCCUCUAAUCACCAGGCCAUUAAAACUGUUGUUCUACUACUCAUGGGUCUAUACCAUACCACUGAUCCAUAAUUUGGAGUAGUGUGGUGAACUCUUUGCUCUUUCAGUUAGAGUAUUUCAAUGUAUAAUGUUUUAUAUUCCUCUAUGUCGAAGUGCUUUGCAUUUUUGUAAUGAAGGAGUGUGUAAUUACUGUUUUUUUUUCAGUUCCCUUUCCAUACUGUACUGUGUUGGAGUGUUUAGUUUGGUGUUUUUUAGGUAAACCAUGGAUAGGGAGUUGCUGGGUCUAUUAAACACUUUGUGGGUGUUAUUGUAACAGUUAUUUCUUAUUGGUAGUUAAUCGAGCAAUCGGCAUGAUAGACAGACCGCAAGUAUAAAUUAUGCCCUGACAGGUUCUGGUCUUCGUAACAGCUACUUAACAUAAGCUAAGCUAAUCAUUAGAAAACAGCACUCAUCAUAUUAUUACAUCAUUAUAUUAUUUCGACUUUCUUUGCUUCCAAACAUCUGAAUGUUCUCUUUUGUCAAAAGUAGAUAUUGGUCCAAGUGGCUUGUCAACUUACCUCCGAUAAAUAUUUUGACAUUAGUUUAUGCUGGUGUUUUUAGAGAUUUUUUGGUGCAAAAAAAAGUCACUUAAUUCUAUAAUGUUACGGGCGUGGAAAGGUAAAAUACCCUUCAGUGGCCCUAAAAUUGGAAAAGGUACUGGGUAACAGCAUAUUUCUCUAAAUACUUAAGUUUGUUAUACCAUAGAUGAUUUUGUAAAGAAAAUAUUACAGUAAUAAUUUUUGAAGUUCUCCUGAGGUCAGCCUUUUCAUUUUCUGUGUUUGAUGAUUGGGGUUUCUUUGUUUAUUUUAUUUGGUUUUCAUUUGUGUAUGUGACCUUCUUGGCAAGUUUUGUUGAGUACUAUUGUUAGUCUCCAGCGUAUACAAUGUCAGUGUUUGUUUGUCUAGAAGUAAACAAUAGCAUUGGAGGACUGGCUUGUUAGAAGCCUUAUUUUGUAUUUUUCGAUUUUCAGCUGGCCUCCUCUCCUGUAAUUCUUCUCUUUUUUUUUCCUUUCUUCUUUCUCUGUUAGUUGAUCAUGGCAUGAGAAAAAAGAAGUGCAUUUGCAAUUUAUUCAAUAAAUAUCAAAUUGUGUUUUUUUUUUUUUCAACUUACAACAUUUACACAAAAACAGCAGUGUUCGAAAAUGUCAAAUUUGGUUUAACCAGAGAUUUUUUUCCCCUCUUCUUUUUUUACAUUUUUUUUUUUUUUGGUCAUAGAUAUGAGUCAAUACUCAGUACACCGAGACUUUAUAUUUAGUUAAUAAACCCCAUUGUGAUUCUGAAAGGGGAAAGCUCCAGGCCCCAACGACCAUUAACAGAAUUAUCUUAAGUAGGUUUUCAAGCUACUACAGUCAACUAAAUACCUUGCCAAGGAUCAGUGUCACGUUACUUGUGUUCCAAAGUGUUUUUGACUCACUUGUGUAACAAGAAACACAAGUGGGAGAUUAAAUCACAUAGCUUGCACCAAUUCUACAGGGACUUGUCCUGUAAAUGGAUGAAACUGCAGCUCCCGCUGUAAUGUUAUUGCACCAUUCAUCUUGUUCUUUAUGUAUAUGUUAAGCACAUUUUUCUUGGAUACAAUCAGCGCAGCGUUAACAGGACAUUAAUCCUGCAUUGUUUAGUGGUAUAUUGUAAAUGCAAGGUAUUUUAGAGUUUGACGUAUAAAAAGUGUUGCUAGAUAGGCAAUGCUUUGUUAUGCACUAGAUUUACACUCAAAUUGUCCCUCUUUUGGAACGAUACCAAUCUAAAUUUUGUGCUACAUUUGCUGCAUCUCUCUUUAACCCCUUAAGGACACGUGACAUGUCAUGAUUCCCUUUUAUUCCAGAAAUUUGGUCCUUAAGGGGUUAAAUAUGUGUUAGAACAAUCUGAUUUUGGGACAGAUAUCACUAAUUUGAUAUUGGGUCCCGGACAUUGGCAGUACGUCUUAAGCUCAUUUAUACAUUCUCUGUGAAUACUCUCCUGUCAGCCACUCUCCAGAAAAUAGAAAAUGUCCCUCUUUGUUCGUUAGAAACAUUUCUGUUAUUUUGUUCAUUUAUCAUACGUUACUAAGCCCUAGCUGGAAGCUGGUAUGCCUCCUGCACUUUCCAGCUCUAAAAGGAUUAAAGCUUUAUAUAUAUAUUUUUUUGUUCUUAACUGCAUCCCUUUCUUGCCCAGCGCGCUGUACCAGGGUCAGGCUGAUAGUGUUAUGUUUAUUUCCUAAGAUAUCAUGUUCUUAAUUCAAUUGCUGACUUUGCUUCUUUCUGUUACAGUGCAUUGACCCUGACGAAGCGUGCACGUCCCUCAAUUUGAAAAUGAUCAUGGCUAUGAUGCACAAUAAGAAGACAUUUACUAAACCUUUGGCAGUAAUUACAAGUGAUUCAGAAGGUAAUUUGAGAUUGUAACCUUUGCAACAGUAAAACAGUUCCUUUAUAAAUUAGGAACAUGAUGUAUUAUUGAAGACAUUUACUAAACCUUUGGCAGUACAUUACAAGUGAUUCAGAAGGUAAUUUGAGAUUGUAACCUUUGCAACAGUAAAACAUGUUCCUUUAUAAAUUAGGAACAUGAUGUAUUAUUGUCUAAAAUCAUAUUUAACAGAUAUUAUUUAUCAUACAUUUAAUAUAUUUAAUAUAGUUUUUUUUGCUCAUCACCUCGGUGAUCUGUUAUACUCAAAUGUAUACAUCAGCAGUCUCAGCAAAAGUUAUAGGAUGGUAUAACAUGCCUAAAAUAUUUGGGCCAUAGGAUUUAGCUUGAUGUAAACAUUUCAGUUCCAAAGAUAUCCUUAAAUGGGGAUGAGAUUGAAUUUUGCUUAGAACAAUCUGCAAGAGCAUAUGCCAUGCUACAGGAGCAUUGAAACAAAAAAUGACUAUUGUACAGUAUUACAAUAAUUACUUUACAUUCUUGUUUUCUACAUGCUAUUCUUAACAUAUUAACCAUACAACACACGUCGUAUAAACUGUUGGUUCUUGUAGAUGUAUAAACAUCACGCAGUCUGAUGUAUAGUGCUGUACACUGCAGAACUAGCACAGAGGGAAAUGAGACAUUAAAAUAACAGAAAAAGGUUUUUUUUAGUCUCACAACUGAACUGUCAAAGGGACAAGUCUGGUUAGAGUAGACCCAUUAUAUAGAUAUUGCAUUUAUAACAUACAAUACAUUUUAUAUGAUUAAAAUAAAUCAAAAGAUACUCAUAUUUGAAGAUCUAGAUCUUCCUGUAAAUAACCAGGCUUUGUAGUUUCUGCCAUGAGCUCUGUCCACUCUAGGAAGUAACUCAAUAAUGAUUCUUGUCCUUUAAAUUGUUAUAGCAGUAUUGAACUUAUCACUUAAAGGGAUACUGUGAUGCCAGGAAUACAAAGCUGGAUUCCUAGCACUACCGAUCCAUCUGCCUCCCCCCUCCCUUGCACCCCCAGUUAAUAAAGGGUUAAAAAACCUUUAUCUGUGUGAAUGUCAGUGUGUGUCUAUGAGUGAGUCAGUGAUUGUGUGUCUCUGUCAGAUCGUGUCAAAUCAGUGAGUGUGUGUGUAUGUCAGUGUAUGUGAGAGUGUGUUAGUCUUUAACAGAAAGAGGUGUGGCCUUGGCAGGAAGGGGUGGGGUAAAUUUAAAUUUGGGGGCGCCUGACUUCCGUCAUGCCUAGGGCAGCACAGAUCCAAAAUACACCUUUGCACAGCACCCAGCCCACUUCAAUGAGCUGAAGUGAUCUGGGUGCCUACAGUGUCCCUUUGAAUGUGCUACAGUUUAUGGGCACAAUGGAUGUUUCUGGAAGUUGUUUUUAAGAAAGAAAGAAAAUAAAUUCUGCUUGUUGUUUAACCCAUUAAAAGUGCUCAUCUCCCUCCAUGUGAAGCCUGCUAUUGAAGUGGUAACAAAAGUUCUUUAGUUCCUUAUGAAAAUGUUUUAGUGUCAGUCUUGCAUUUCAUAAUGGAGUAAUUUUUAAUGGUUUAAGGGCUAGGCGGAGCAUCUAAACUGUAACUAUGCAGUUUGUUUUUAUUGAAACCCAUGCCAAAAGCGCUAAGAAGAUGUCCCCAAAGCGUUAUAUACAUGCAUGGAAGAAUUGUACACGUGAUAUCUUUACUAAAGGACUGAGAUUAGUGGUGUUGUUGAUCGGAGGGUGACAUGGUGAUAGCUUUGUUCAGGAAAGAAUGUAACUGUGCGAGAUAGGGAUAUUAUGAAUUCCAGACUGCAACAUCUCCGUCUGAAGCCUUAUCUCGUUGUUUAACGAGUAAAAGACAACUCCUGCCAUGAAUAUUUUUAAGCACGUAUUAUGGUAAAUCUCUAUAUUGGAAUUGCUGGAAAAAAACCAAAAACGUAUUUUCCCGUAAUAUUCCAGCUUAAGUUUAGUCUAUAAAGAUGUGAUUAUUUACAUUAAUGUAACCCAGUGUGAUGUUAUCAUCAUCCUUAAUUAUUAGGAACAUAAAACUAAAGUUAAUAUAGACUGCAGAGUCACCAUUAUUCCUCCACUGAUGACUGGCAUGCUCAGGGAGUGGCUAUUGCUUUGAGACCAUCCUUGAUUCCCUAUUGAGAGAAUAUUGUGCAUUAAAGUGUCACUGUCACAGUCUGGUGACUGUGCAGAAUUCGCAAAGACCCCUGAUGCUGACAUAACUUUUUCUCAGUAUAUCUUUGGAUAUCUUUAUCAAAUACUCAUUUUUGGGGGGGGGGAAGGUUGACAGUUCCACAUUAAGGAACAUGACUUCCCACGUACAAAACUGGCUAACACACAGUACAACAGGUAGUACUUUCAUUCAGGAAAUUGAAAACCAAUUUAUGUUGCACAUUCAUGUACAAGCAACUUCCAUUUUGUUCCUGUGGGGAGAUGCACAGAUGGACCACUGAGCAUACACUUAUACACCUGAUACAGUCUGUCUAAUAAGACAGAAGUAAUUAUGUGUUUGGUAAGGCUGCCUUACCACCUAGAUGUGCAUGAAUGACUCCACACUGUAGGGCAACAGCCUGUCAUGCCAGUUAUCAGCCAUGUUUCAUGCACAUCACUUGUUUCAUAAAUGGUUUCUAACUCAUGACAUCUGUUUUCUGUAAUUCCCCUAUUCAUAAAAAUAAUCUUGUUCAUUUAAAGAAAGUCAAUAAUUGUAAUUUUAUGGGAAACAUAUAUAUUUCCUAUUCUUUCCAGGGUACGCCCAAGCACUUCUAGAGAAAAACCUGUAUCAUAGAUAACUGUUGUAGAUUAGUCAUCUCAAGGGCCAACAUUCAUGGAAGCCAUAGUAAAAAGCAGCUCAAGUGUUAACACUGUGUAACACUGAGCUGUAUAGUUAGAUGUUCUGUGACUGACAAGUUUCUAAACAUUUUUUUUCAAAUUAUAUUUAUGAAACAUUUUGAAUUUUUUUUUCCCCCCAGAAAAACAAUUAAGAAUGAGGAGUUCUAAGGGAGGGGAGAAUAAAAAAUACUAGCUCAUACUAGCUAUACAUGCAUAAUACAUUUCCCGGACAUGUAUCGAAAAAUAAUAUACCAGAAAAAUAGACUGAAUAAUUUGAAAAAAAUCAAUAUUUCUAAUGAAAAGGUCCCAGCAAUACUAGUCUGCAUGCAGUGUUACCUUCCCAAAGUAUGGACAGAAAAAAAUCCUCCCAACGGUUUGGCUGCUAGUAUUCUUUUUCACGGGAUCCUUUGCGAAAUUACAUAUUUAAAUCAAUAUUUACAUAUGACCUAAUUGAUCACUUUGCUCAGUAGGAAGGCUGAAAAUGUAGAAAUGUUAGUCAUUACUAUUAGCUAGCAUAUGGUGCUUCACCAUAUUGCUGGAGAAAAUGUUUUUAAUGUUCUAUAUAUUUAUGUAUAUAUUUUCAACCUGUGUAACUGCAGCUUUUUAUUUUCAACAGAUUCUGUAAAUAUAAACUCUAAAAGUGGCCCACCAGGUACGUACAUUAAUAACUAUACCUUCAUUAUACCUGUCAUAUGUCAUGAAUCAUAUAAAAAAUAAUUGCCCUUAAAGGGAAACAUAACUUCCUAGGAUUUUUAAUAAUAUGUUUACUUAUUGCUAACAUUUAACAAAUAUGCCUCUUUUGGGGUCCGAAAAAAUAUAAUAUAUUAAUAGAAAAAUAGAAAUCCAGACCUCUUUAUCCUGCUACUGGAAGGCUGCAUUUUGACUCGCUGUCAGUCAUUACUAAGUUCCAUCCUUUGCAAGUGGCAGUAAGCAUAGAGGAGGCAUGCAGAGAACUGUAGAAACAGAAAUAAUGUUGCUAGAUUUUUCCCUCAUGCCCUGGUUAUGCCAGAUCUAAACUGGAUUAUGAUGUGAUUUGCAAGAUCUGAAUUAUAUUAUUUGCUAAAUAUAAAUCAAAAUAAUAUGCAAAAUAGGUUAAUGCACUUUAUCUUUAUUUUCAAUGUUUUACUGAAUGGUGCAAAAUUUCAGAGAAGUGUCAGAUCCCCUAAAUCACAGGAAAUGUAGUUCACGAACAUCUGGGGUGGCAGAGUUAACUAUCACCUAGUAAAAGUAACUGUCAGUUGUAUCAUUUUUACGUUGUGCCUUGUUAGUUAAAAAAUAAAUCAGCUUUCCGUUUCUUAUCUCCAUACUCCACUGCUGUCCUCUGUAUUACCAGAAUGAAACGGAUAUACCUAAUUUAAUAAGAAUGAAUACCUCAAGGGUUUUCAAUGAAUAGAACCAUAUUCGUGUAUAUCAAUAAAGGGUGUCUCUGUGACUAUUUUCAAGUGAAGGAAGUGUAUUUUUUUUUUGUCUGGAAUUCAUUUCAAACAUUUCCAUUUUUGCCAAAUUUUAAGAACAAUGGAUUCUAUUUCUGUGAUUUCUGUCCUUAGCCUGACAUCGCUUAUUUUACAAGCGUUUCCGAUCUCCACCUACAAAUGGGAACAAAGCCAAAUAGGUCCUUGUAGGUUACAAAAUAAAGUUGGCUGAAAUGGCAGUACAUAUGUAGAAAUAAGUGAUAUUUCCUUAAAUCUUGGUAAUACUGUCAGAGCAGUAUUAAAAGGCCACUGCAGUUAAGUGCCUCUGCAAAAAAGCAUUCUUCAUCAUCUUGAAUUGUUCUACCUGGUUCUCAAAGCCCCUGAUUUGUAACAUCUACGUGGUAGAGCCAUGCUACCCAGGGCACGUUAAUCCUUUUAGUUACUGUGAUUUAUUGUUAUUCCUAAAAUAAGGAUAAAAAGAACAACUAUUUCAUUGUAAAUUUGUCUUAUGUUCAGCCAGUGUACAUCAUGACACAAAUACUGUUAAAAAUAAUAAUAAUAAUAAAAAUAUAUAUAUGUAUAUAUAUAUAAGAUUGUGUUCAUUUUAAAUAUUUUAUUUUAUUUUUUUCCACUAGUCAUCUUCUACGGUCUGGAUACACCAACUGUAGUAGGGAUUGCGUUUGCAGGAUUCAUCAUCGGCGCACUUCUGACAGGAGCAUUGUGGUACAUUUAUUCUCAUACAGGUAGGUCUUGUAAUAAUAUAUUAACAUAUGUUAAUUAAUAUUACCAUAUAUCAAGGAGAAGAACUAUGUUUGAGAAGCACUGUUUUCUAGCGGGAUCAGAUGACUUAAACAUAAAUAUAUAUGUCUGUCUAAUUUGUUUGAUGAAGCAGAUUUUAUUGUAAAUGAUUGCAGCUGCAUUUCAUUCGUGAUACGAACAGGGGCGGGCCAACAACUCAUGAGGCCUCCAGGCAAUAGGAGAUCAUUGGACUCCCCUGUGCCCACCAACUUGCAAGCUAAACCUAUGUAAGCCCCAACCACAUGUACAUCUUUGUAUUACAGAAAAUGUUUUAAUGUUGGAGGCAGGGGUCUAGUUAGAGUAGCUGUAGUGUGGUGGUCUGGAACUGUUGUAAGGGAAAAGGGGCUGAGGUGUUUGCUUAGAGGCUGAAGUGUGGAGGUGUUGUAGGGGGGAUACGUGUUUUGUGGGGGUUGGGUGGUUAGAGGCUGUAAUGAAACAUAAGAGCUAUAGUGGGGUGAUAGGGGCUGGCAGGAGGGGUAGUUGCUGGAGACAGGUGCUGUGUUGAAGUUGAGAGAUGUAAAUGGGGUUAAGGUCUUUAGUAGGUAUGGAAAAGGCUGUAGAG